AUGGACGCACUCAUCGCAUCCGCAGGCCCGAUGCGGCCACCAAAACGCAAGCGCCCAACUCAUGGGAGCAAAGCGCAAUCAGCGCACAAGACGGUCGACCGCGGGCCAGACAAGGAGGCCGUCGACCCCUCUACGGCCUCGAUCCUGACCACUACCCGGACCCCGAGCAGCUUCCACUCGCGCAACCUCGCGACGGGGAAGGGCGCUGAGCCGCUGCGCCCAGAUGCCAGUAUUUCGAGGAUAGCGGACAAGAAAUUGCGCGCCAAGGUUGCGCGGCAGGAUGUGGCGACCAAGCGUGCCAAAGCGGAGCGCGCCGACGUCGACGAGUGGCUCAACGCGCCAGUAUCGGGCGGACAGGGCGGGAUCGAGGUGGACGAGGAAGCUGAGGAACGUACGUGGCGCGUGGGCCAGGACGAGAUUGUAGCAGCCGUCGGCGUCGCCAGCGCCAAAAAGCGCUUCGACCUCAAGCUCGAGAACAUGGGACCUUACAAGGUCGACUACACUCGCAAUGGGCGGUACCUCGCCAUCGCAUCGGCAAAAGGCCACGUUGCAACGUUUGACUGGCAGGCUGGGCGGUUGCUGAGCGAGACGCAACUGCGCGAGGCAGUGCGCGACGUCAAGUUUCUGCAGAACGAGGGUUUCUUCGCCGUCGCACAGAAGAAGUACGUCUAUGUGUACGACGGCAACGGCGUAGAGCUCCACAAGCUCAAACAGCACAUCGACCCCACGCACAUGGAGUAUCUCCCUUACCACUACCUGCUAUCUACUGUCGGUAACGCCGGUCACCUCAAGUACCACGACGUGUCGACGGGUCAGAUGGUGACUCAGCUCGCGACGCGGCUCGGUUCCCCGUCGACUAUGGCCCAGAACCCACACUCGGCCAUCAUCCACCUCGGUCAUGCAAGCGGGACGAUGACGCUGUGGUCGCCCAACAUGACGACGCCGCACGUCAAGCUGCUCGCGCACCGCGGCCCGCUCGCCGGUAUCGCGAUUGACCCAAGCGCCGACAGCGCUGGACGUUACUGCGCGACGGCGGGGAUGGAUGGCACGGUCAAGAUCUGGGACGGGCGCAUGUGGGGCAAGGAGGUGCGCUCGUGGACCGUUCGCAACAACCCCGCGACGCUCUCGUACUCUGGCCGCGGCAUCCUUGCCGUCGGCGGACGCACGGGCGUGACGACCUACCGCGACCCGCACAAGAAUGUCGACAAGCCGGCACCCAACGUGUACCUGACUCUUCCUACGCCCGGCUUGAGUGCGCACAGCACAAAGUUCUGUCCGUUCGACGACGUGCUCGCCGUCGGGCACGGACGCGGCAUCUCCUCCCUCCUGGUCCCUGGUUCCGGAGAGGCCAACUUUGACUCUAACGAGGCGGACGUGUUCGAGAGCCACACGCGCCGGCGGGAGGGCGAGGUUCGCUCGGUGCUGGACAAGAUUCCGUCCAGCCUCAUUACGCUCGAGACCGACUUCCUGGGCCACAUUGUGCCAGACAAGGGCGGGGAGACGCAUGCGGAGCGCGAGGCACGCAGUUUCCGCCAGCUCAGCCGUCUCGAACGCCUCAAGGCUACUGGCAAGGCGGACGCGGACGAGGGCCAACUUGGCGGCCUCAGCGGGAGCGAGGACGAGGAGGGUCCGCAGAAGGAGGAGCGGCAGAAGAAGAAGAUGCGCGGCAAGGGCAAGGCCAUGAAGCGCUUCCUGUCCAAGAAGAAGAAGAAUAUUGUCGACCCUACUUUGAUCGCUGUGCGCGAAAAGGUCGAGGCGCAGGAGCGGGCCGACGAGAAGGAGCGCAAGAUUGCGCGCGGCGAGGUGGUCAAGGAGACUGGGGCACUGGCGCGGUUCGGAUAG